CGAUGUAAACAUCCGUUAUGGCUGAAAACAUACCACAUGGAUCACCUGUUGCCAAUUUUCUACAAAAUAUUGACUUAGCAAGACGGCAAAUCAGAGAUGAAAGCUCCUCACACCGAGAAGAUGGAGAAUUAAAUGCUGACAAACUCUGGUCACGAAUGGAGAAUGUAUUUAAAAUAAUAUCACAUGAAGCCACAAAGAUUUCCCUGGCCUUCAGCGGUAGCCCAGUACCAUCAGAAAAGGAAUGCACUUCACUGUUUAGCUCUGCAGAACAGGCAACAUUGGCUCUUGUUUCAGUAUUCUACUCCCUGCCAACAUCACAAGGUUUGAGGUUAAAGAAAUCAACAAAAGAAGCCAUACUCUCCCUGCUUGACAGUCUGAGGGAGCUUAUAUCCAGUAUCCACGAGGGAUGUCGGGGUAACCAGCAACAGCUGCAGUCAACAGGAGCUGUUUGGCAGGAUGCUGAUGUCUUCUCUACAAUUCCAAAGAAUAACAAGGAAGCUGUUAUUCACGAAUUGAAAAUAUCCUCCCAGCUGAUCAGGGACGCUUUAACAGAGCUAGAGCAGGCAAUUGAGGAGGGUGGUUCUUCUGAUGGACUCUUUGGAUCAGAGGGGGAGGAGGAGGGUCCACAAUGGACAGAAUUGGACAAAACUGUAACUAAACCCUGCGUUGGCCUCAUCAAAACCACCAAAUCACUGCUAAAGAAAACCAUGGAAUGUGUCCAGACAAAUGGACAGACACAGCAGUCUACAGAGAUUCAGGAGCUAGACAAAUUGGCAGACCUAGCGGAGAGACUGAGCCCCGCUGUGGACGACCUGAUUUUGGACUUGUAUCCUCCAAUGGUCAGGGAGAACGUUCAGGAAAAGGGGAAAACCUUGUACGACACACAGAAGACAAUUUUAGAGUUUCUAAGAUCAGCUCAUAUGACAGGAGAAAAUGAACAAAAAUGGCUGGAAUUUUUAUUGAAAGCAAAUCAGCAUAAUUAUGAGAAUAUUUUAAAAUCAUCUGAUGACAAUUUUACCAAAUAAA